AUGGACGUGUACCUCACCCCCGCCGCCGGGCUCGACAGCCUGGUGGCCCGCAGCCUGCAGCCGUCCCCCGAGUUCCUGGCGGCUGCGCGGCGCGUCCUGGGCGCCCUGGCAGCCUCCCUGCCUGAGGCCGGGGGCCGCGCGGCUGCCCAGCCUUGGAGGGUGCUGAAAAUCGCCAAGGGAGGCUCCGCCGGCCGGGGCACAGUGCUGAGGGGUGGCUGUGAUUCUGAACUUGUCAUCUUCCUUGACUGCUUCAAGAGCUACGAGGACGAGGGUGUUCACCGGGCAGAGAUCCUCAACGAGCUGCGGACCCUGCUGUAUCAAUCCUGGUGUCAGAAACCCAUCCGCGGUCUGAGCUUUGAGUUUCCUCGGCAGGACAGGCCCAGGGUCCUACAGUUCCGCCUGGUGUCCACAGGCCUUGAAAACUGGAUGGAUGUUAGCUUGGUGCCAGCCUUUGAUGCUCUGGGGCAGCUCAGUUCCAACGUCAAACCUGCGCCCCAGGUCUACUCGACGCUUCUCAAAAGUGGCUGCCAGGGCGGCAAGCACUCCGCCUGCUUCUCAGAACUGCGGAGGAACUUUGUGAAUGUUCGCUCGGCAAAGGUGAAGAACCUGAUCCUGCUGGUGAAGCAUUGGUACAGUCAGGUGUGCCAGGAGAAGGAGAGGAGGGAGAUGCUGCCUCCGGCCUAUGCCCUGGAGCUGCUGACGAUAUUCGCCUGGGAGCAGGGCUGUGGGAAGGAUGCCUUCCGCCUGGCCCAAGGCCUCCGGACUGUCCUGGGCCUGAUCCAGCAGCAUCAGCACCUGUGUGUUUUCUGGAUCCUCAACUAUGGCUUCGAGGAGGCUACGGUCAGCCAGUUCUUGAAGCAGCAGCUUGAGAGACCCAGGCCUGUGAUCCUGGACCCAGCUGACCCCACGUGGGAUGUGGGGGACGGAGCAGCGUGGCGCUGGGAUCUACUGGCCCGGGAGGCAGGGUCCUGCUAUGAGCGCUCGUGCUUUCUGCAGGCGGCAGGGGGCGCUGUGCAGCCCUGGGAGGGGCCCGGCCUUCCACGUGCUGGGAGCUCAGGUUUAGGCCACCCCAUCCAGCGAGACUGUGCCCAGAGGACCCCUGAGGACAGCAGCAGUCUCCAUGCUGUGCGCCCAGGGGCAGGGAGCAGGCAGCCGUCAGGCCCAGCUUCCGGCCCCUCGGGGGCUGCCUGCAUCACCCCUUCCGCGCUGGGGACGGCCUUGGAUCUGUCUCAGAUCCCCGGCAAGGACCUGGAUCGCUUCAUCCAGAACCACCUGAAACCAAACCCCCAGUUCCAGAAGCAGAUCGGCAAGGCCAUCGAUGUCAUCUUGGGUUGCCUUCGUGAGAACUGUGUCUACAAGGCCUCCAGAGUCAGCAAGGGGGGGGGCUCGUUUGGCCGGGGCACAGACCUGAGGGGUGGCUGUGAUGCCGAACUCGUCAUUUUCCUCAACUGCUUCAAAGACCAUAAGGACUAAAGGGCCCGCCGCCCGGAGAUCCUUAAUGAGAUGCGGGCACAGCUGGAAUCCCAGUGGCGGGACCCAGUCCCCGGCCUGAGCCUCAAGUUUCCUGAGCGGACCGUGCCCGGGGCUUUGCAGUUCCAGCUGGUGUCCACGGCCCUAGAAAGCUGGAUGGAUGUGACCCUCCUGCCCGUCUUUGAUGCCGUGGGGCAACUCUGCCCUGGCGCCAAACCUGCGCCCCAGGUCUACUCGACUCUCCUCAACAGCGGCUGCCAGAGGGGCGAGCACGCGGCCUGCUUCUCAGAGCUGCGGAGGAACUUCGUGAACAAUCGCCCAACCAAGCCGAAAAAGCUGCUCCUGCUAGUGAAGCACUGGUAUGGUCAGGUUGCAGCUCAGAACAAAAGAUAGCAACCAGCCUGUGCCUCUCUGCCCCCCGUCUAUGCCCUGGAGCUCCUGACCAUAUACGCCUGGGAGCAAGGCUGUGGGAAAGAGUCUUUCAAAAUGGCCGAAGGGCUAAAGACCGUCCUAGAGCUUGUCCAGAAGCACCAGCAGCUCUGUGUCUACUGGACGGUCAACUAUGGCUUUGAGGACCCGGAUAUCAGAACGCACCUUCUUGGCCAACUUCAGAAAAAGAGGCCCCUGGUCCUGGAUCCUGCCGACCCCACCUGGAAUGUGGGCCAGGGCAGCUGGGAGCUGUUGGCCCAGGAAGCAGCAGUUCUGGGGAUGCAGGCCUGCUGUAAGAGUGGAGAAAGGACGUCUGUGCAGCCCUGGGAUGUGAUGCCUGCUCUCCUUUACCAAACCCCAGCUGGGGACCUCGACAAGUUCAUCAGUGAAUUUCUCCAGCCCAACCGCCAGUUCUUGGCUCAGGUGAACAAGGCCGUCGAUACCAUUUGCUCAUUCCUGAGGGAAAACUGCUUCCAGAAUUCUGCUAUCAAAGUGCUCAAGGUGGUCAAGGGCGGCUCUUUAGCCAAAGGCACAGCUCUGCAAGGCUGCUCGGAUGCGGAUCUAGUGGUGUUCCUCAGCUGCUUCAGCCAGUUCACGGAGCAAGGGAACAGGCGAGCUGAGAUCACCUCAGAGAUCCGAGCCCAGUUGGAGGCAUGUCAGCAGGAGAUGCAGUUCAAGGUGAAGUUCGAGAUCCCCAAGUGGGAGAAUUCCCGCAUACUGAGUUUCUCCCUGACGUCCCAGAUGAUGCUGGAUCAGAGCGUGGACUUUGACGUGCUGCCAGCCUUUAAUGCCUUAGGCCAGCUGGUCCCCGGCUACAGGCCCCCAUCUCAAGUCUACAUCGACCUCAUCCACAGCUACAACCACGCAGGCGAGCACUCUACCUGCUUCACGGAGCUGCAGCAGAACUUCAUCAUCUCUCAGCCCACCAAGCUGAAGAGUCUCAUCCGACUGGUGAAACCCUGAUACCGGCAGUGCAACAAGAUGCCCAAGGGGAAAGGCUCCCUGCCCCAGCACGGGCUGGAACUCCUGACAGUGUAUGCUUGGGAGCAGGGCAGCCAGGACGCCCAGUUCAACAUGGCCCAGGGCUUCCGCACCGUCCUAGAGCUGGUCAGUCAGUACCGUCAGCUCUGUGUCUACUGGACCGUCAACUACAACAACAAGGACAAGACUGUCAGAGACUUCCUGAACUGGAAGCUUCACCAGCCCAGGCCCAUCAUCCUGGAUCCAGCUGACCCGACAGGCAACCUCGGCCACAAUGCCUACUGGGACCUGCUGGCCAAGGAAGCCGCUGCCUACAUGUCUGUCCCGUGCUGCAUGGGCAGGGAUGGCACCCCCAUCCAGCCAUGGCCAGUGAAGGCUGAUGUGUGA